UUAAGUAUCUCUGGCCUAAUGGAAAUAAACAUAAUGAUUCAGUGACAGGUGACGCGCUGAAUAACGUGCACAUGAUUAAACUUGAAACUUGAAAGUAUAACAAGUCACUGCGGUCAAUAAAAAAAAUGUUUAAUUUUUUUGGAAGUAAACCAACUGUCAAAGAGCAACAACGCGAGAAUGACAGGGCACUUAGAAAAGUCGGCCGAGAUGUUGAGAGAGAAAGAAGACAACUUGAAAGAGAAGAGAAGAAGCUUGAAAUGGAAAUUAAAAAAAUGGCCAGAGAAGGAAACAAUGAGGGAUGUAAGAUGCUGGCGAAACAGUUGAUUCAGCUACGAAAGCAGAAAAAUAGGACAUACGCAGCAAAUAGUAAGAUACAGAGCAUUGGUAUACAGAACAAAGCUAUGGGAGCAAACGUUGCUCUUGCAGAUGCGAUGAGUAAAACAGCAAAAACCAUGGGUGCUGCCAACCAGUUAAUGAAACCAGAACAGGUGGCUGCGGAUAUGAAGGCCUUUGGCCAAGCAUCUAUGAAGAUGGAAAUGACUGAAGAAAUGAUUAAUGAUACCUUGGAUGACAUGUUGGAUGAAUCCGGAGAUGAAGAAGAAAGUGAACAGGUUGUGAAUAAGGUUUUGGAUGAGAUUGGCAUUGAAAUAUCUGGAAAAAUGGCACAAGCCCCAUCAGCAAUCCGUGGAAAAGUUGGGGAGAGCUCAAAAUCAACAUUGCCUACGGAUGAAGAAAUUGAAGAGCAGCUUGCAAAAUUAAGAUCCUAACAUGCAAGAAGUUGUGAAUAUUUGUGCUUCUGCUUGUGUACAGCUUUCUAAUAUGUUGCCGUCCCAGCCAUUUUGCAUGUCGGAUUGUUAUGUUUGUGAGUCUGACAGUUUUGUAAAUGAAUGUAAAUAUCACAGAAGUUUUGCAAUAAAUUUAAUUUUUUAAUAAA